AUCCCUCAGCUCCUUCAUUUCAUGAAGCCAUAUCCCUUUUAUUUUUAGCUAAACAUUAUAUUCCCCUCCUCCUACAUCCAAGAACACAUUAUUGUUAUACCUAGGCACCUAGCUGACAAUGGACACAAAAAAGAACCAUUUUUUCCAUUUCUUGAUUACCCAUGCCUUGUAUCUGUUCUUUAUAAUCCCUCUCUUAGGGGCUCUUUCUGCCCAUUAUUUCUUCACUCUCACCGCCUUGCAGGACGCAAUACUCCAUACAUGGCAUCUCCUCAAGCUCAACCUUGCCCCAGUUCUUGCAUGCACAUCAUUCCUGGUUUUCCUGGGCAAGUUCUACUCCAAAAACAGGCCAAGAAACGCGUACUUGGUGGAUUUCGCGUGUUACAAGCCCAAACCCGAGCUGAUGUGCUCUACAGAGAGAUACGUUGAAAGAUCAAGACAGGAAAACGUUUUUACCGAGGAGAAUCUGUGUUUUCAGAAGAAGGUUCUGGAGAGAUCCGGGCUGGGACAGAAGACAUAUUUCCCAGAAUCUAUCGUGGGUGUUCCUGCGAAGCCUUGUCUGGAAGAGGCGAGGAGGGAGGCUGGGAUGGUGAUCUUCGCGUGCAUUGAUGAGGUGUUGGAGAAGACUGGGGUGAGAGCUGAGGAGAUUGGGAUUGUUGUGGUGAAUUCCAGCUUGUUUGGGCCCACGCCAUCGCUUUCUGCAAUGGUUGUUAACCAUUACAAGCUUGUGGGCAGUGUUAAGAGCUAUAACCUGAGUGGCAUGGGUUGCAGUGCUGGGCUUGUCUCCAUUGAUCUUGGCAAACAUCUUUUAAAGGCGUCACCAAACUGCUACGCGCUGGUGGUGAGCACGGAGAUCCAAACUCUCAACUGGUACUUAGGCAACGACCGGUCGAUGCUGAUGUCCAACUGCAUUUUCCGGCUGGGCGGCGCGGCGGUGCUCCUCUCCAACCGCCCCUCCGACCGCCGCCGCUCCAAGUAUCAGCUGAUGCGCACCGUCCGCACUCACACCGGUGCCCACGACAACAGCUACUCCUGCGUGUGGCAAGAGGAAGACCACGAUGGCCGAGUCGGCGUCGCCCUCUCCAAAGACCUGAUGGCGAUGGCCGGCGACGCCCUGAAGACGAACAUCACCACCCUCGGCCCCUUAGUCCUCCCCAUGUCCGAACAGUUGUUGUUCUUCCUCACCCUCUUCGCCAGAAAAGUGUUCAAGAUGAAGGUGAAGCCCUACAUCCCAAACUUCAAGCUGGCGUUCGAGCACUUUUGCAUCCACGCCGGCGGGAAGGCGGUGCUGAACACCAUAGAAAAGAACUUAGAGCUCAGCGAAUGGCGAAUGGAGCCGUCGAGGAUGACGCUGUACAGAUUCGGAAACACUUCCAGCAGUUCAUUAUGGUAUGAAUUGGCUUACAUAGAAGCCAAAGGGAGAAUCAGAAAAGGUGACAGAACAUGGCAGAUUGCAUUCGGGUCAGGUUUCAAAUGCAACAGUGCUGUUUGGCGGGCAUUGAAGAACAUAAAUCCAGCAAUGGAGAAGAAUCCAUGGAUGGAUGAGAUCCAUGAAUUUCCAGUUACUAUUUAAACUAUCAUAUAUAGUAUAUAUUAGUAUAUAGGCUGAUUGGAUAGUUGGCUUGGUAACAAUAAGGUUUCAAUUUCGACAUCUCGGGAAAAUUAUCUAUUGAUCUUCUUGGUUAUCCUCUGAAA